AUGAAGAAUCUCGAUGGUGCCGCUGGCUCGUCCCUGCCAUCCAGUCAGUCGACCAGACGUCGCACACCGCAAGUCAUCGCGCAUCGUGGGUAUAAGCGACUCUACCCAGAAAACACUCUCCUUGCCUUUCGCGAAGCGCUAGGUCCUGGUGGUCAUCACUGCGAUGGCAUUGAGACAGACGUCCAUGUCUCUGCCGAUGGUGUGGUUGUGCUGAGCCAUGAUUCAAACCUGAAGCGAUGUUUUGGGGAGGAGGGCAACGUGGUUGCUUGGCCUUGGCAUGCUCCUAGUGGAGGAAAAGCACUCGAUUCUCUACGAACGGUUGCUGAACCCCACGUUGGUAUGCCGCGACUGGUGGACGCAUUGGCGAUGCUGGAGGAAGAUGCAUUCAAGGAUCGUUGGCUAUUACUGGAUAUCAAGCUAAGCAACCACGUCGAUGUCAUUGGCCGCAUUGCACAUGUCCUCAAGGGAACACAAGGUGGUCUACAAUACUGGCAAGAUCGUAUCGUCCUUGGCAUUUGGCAUGACAAGUUCCUCUCACAUUGCCGACAGCAUCUCGAUACAUUUGCCAUUACACAUAUUGGUCUGCAUACGAGCUAUGCGAGUCGCAAGUUUCUCCACAACAAGGCAGUGACGAGUUUCAAUAUGCAAUUGUAUGCACUUGCGUGUCCUGCAGGUGAGCAAUUUGUGAGGGAAGCGCAUGCACUUGGGAAGCAAGUCUUUGUGUGGACUGCGAAUGACGUUGAUUGGAUCAGGUACUGUCAGCAUAUCCUGCACCUCGAUGCAUUACUGACGGAUGACCCGGCGUUAUGCUGUUCACUGGUGGACAAUCACACUACUGCUGGAACGAGCGCGACAUUUGAUACAGCUGUGUUUUGGACGCAAAAACGUCGAUGGACUGCGUGGUUCUGGCGGAAUGUGCUGUACCUAAUCAUGCUGGCCCGGAUUUACUGGAUUUACCGCGACACAUCGGGGAAGAAGAAGAGAAAGAAUGGUCUUUAG